GACGCUGGCGGUACCUCAGCGGGCUCCCUUCCGUCCUGUCCCUCGCUGUUUAACUGUCCUGCUGUCUAGCAGAUACCGCGGAGAGGCCAUAAGGGGCCGUCGACCCCGUGAGCCGCGGCCCGGGUCAGGUAAAGGGAGCUGGAGGUUUAACGGGAGACACAGCAGCGCGCUUUGGGACACCUGGUCUGGAGACCUCGCGGGCUACAGCAGCAAAAGGCGCAGGGCUGAAACCUGGCAGCAUCUGCAGCCCUUGCGAGGAAAAUAAAAGUGGUCUCAGGAGCCUACCCGGCUUGCAGUGAGGCAGGUUCUCCUUCUAAAACAUUAGACAUUUUACCUGGAAAAGUUGGAUUGUAAAUCAAAUACUGGCUUGGCUGAUGUUUGUCUAAAUCACAUACCUUAAAAUGGAAUCGCAAGUUGGAGACUCAGAGAAAGGCCUUGGAGGGGAAGUUCUUGUGCAAGAGGGGUCAGAGGAAUCUGUGAACGACAUUCGAAAAGAAAAUGAAGGCAAUUCUGUUCAUGCAGCAUACAGACUAAAAGUGCAACUAGAAGGUGGAGAACAAGAAUCUGAAGAGAAGAGUACUGAAAAUGCAAUUAAUCAAAGGCAGACUAAAGAGUAUAGCACUGGAGACACCUUCCAAGGAGUGCAAAAGGAUGUUAAAAUUCAAGGCAAAGUCAUCAGCUGCACAUCCAGAGCACAACCGAAUGAACAAAAAUCAGAUGGUGAUUGCAAAUCAGUAACCAGCUCACUCAGUCAAAGGACAGAAGAAAAGAGGGCCGGUGUAAGAAUGACAAAAAAGAUUCUGCGAGACAUCUGUAAACAGCAGAAAUUAUACUUGACCCCAUACCUCAAUGAUACACUUUACUUGCAUUAUAAAGGAUUUGACCGCCUGGAGAAUCUUGAAGAGUAUACUGGAUUGAAGUGUUUAUGGCUGGAAUGCAAUGCCUUAACAAAAAUCGAGAAUUUGGAGGCUCAGACAGAACUGCGUUGCCUCUACUUGCAAACCAAUUUAAUUAAGAAAAUUGAAAACCUUGAACCUUUACAAAAGCUGGAUGCCCUCAAUAUCAGUAACAACUAUGUCAAGACCAUUGAGAAUCUCUCUUGUCUGAAAGUCCUGCAGACUCUGCAGAUUGCUCACAACAAGUUAGAAACAGUGGAGGACAUACAGCACUUGCAAGAAUGCCCAAGUAUUUCUGUUCUUGAUCUUUCCCACAACCACAUAAGUGAUCCAAAUAUUAUAAGUAUUCUGGAGACCAUGCCUAAUUUGCGUGUGCUGAAUUUGAUGGGAAAUCAAGUGAUAAGGAAAAUCGCUAAUUAUAGAAAAACACUUACUGUUCGACUAAAAGAACUAACGUAUCUGGAUGACAGACCCGUUUUCCCGAAGGAUAGAGCCUGUGCAGAAGCCUGGGCUGUUGGAGGUCUUGAAGCUGAGAAAGCAGAGAGGGAAAAAUGGGAAACCAGAGAGAGAAAAAAAAUCCAAGAUAGCAUCGAUGCUUUAGCAGCAAUCAGGAGAAAUAUAGCAGAAAAGAAAAGACAAAAGUAUAUGGAAGAAAGAGGCACAAGUGCAGAAUGUGGAAAUGGAACAGAUAUCCUGGAAGGAGCACCUGCAAAUUCAGAUAAUAGUGAUCGAAAUGCUAGUACAUCAGAGACUUCAAAUGUAUCAGAAGAGGAAAAAACUCAAGAGAAGAUUGAGAAAUUUAGAAAUGAAAAUUUUGAUGCUCGUGAUGAAGUGUUAACACUUCAGCCAAAUAGGGAAGAUAACACAGAUUUCACAUCUGGAAAUAUUCCAGCUAGAAUUCAAGAGGAUGCACAAGAAUCAAACCCUUAUGAACACUCAAACUUUGACAAGAAGACAGACGAUCUACCAGGAGAGAUGGCAACUACGGAAAAGGCCCUGACUCCUCAACUGGAUGAAUAUGCUGAAACUGAACAGAUCAAACUGGAUACACUGGAGAAACUUUAUAUUGAUGAACUGCCUGAUUUGGAAGAUAUAGACACAAAUGAAUUUCCCCCAGAAGAGGAAAUCUUUUUUCAAAAGCAGGACUAUCACCCAAAGAUUGAAAUAAUUUCUGAAAUGACAAAUGACAGUGAUUCUGCAUUAGAGGAAAACAAUACAAGCAUGCUUGAGAAUUCAGUAGGAGAAGAAAUUCCAACAGCAAUUUUUUCAAGUGUGUGUAAGAUACAUAAAGAGCAUGAAAAGGAGAACUUAAGACCCCUUGUUCAAAGCCUCUUUACAGAGCCUGCUACUUCAGAAAGAUACUCAGAGACCAAAGAUAAUCAAGGAACCCCCUUGAAACCCUUGAUACAAGAGAUUAUCACUGAGCCCAAGGGUAAUUUGCUAUUGUCACCAGUCUGCAAUCAACUAGAUGACCCAAGCCCAUGUGAAGAGGAUAGUAAGAUUACAGUUACUUGCCCUGGCAACAGGGAUGAUGGAGAAGCACAGGGCCUGGCUGAGGGUGAAGGAUGUCCCCAUGAAGCACAGGAUGAUGAGGACUGUGACAGCAGAUUAGAUUAAUCAGUUUGAAGAGACCAGACCAAAGCUGGAGAACAGUGCCUGGCUGGCUGCAUGUGGUUCCUCUCAAAGUGCAGAGUUCAGCAAUGGGACAUCAGUUAAAACUGGCAUAACACUGUGCCAUAAAAACCAUCACCUUCAACAGGAGGACUGUUACCAUCAGUCAGAGGCUGCUGUGAUCAACAGCAUCUGACCUCAAGGGCAGAACUUUUGAUUGUGUCAGUAUGAAAAAGCCCCAAAUCCUCUGUAAGUGCCUUGUGUUCCCACUGCCAGCACUGCUGGAGAUCCCUCGCCUCCAAGCUCUUCAGGGCAGCAGGCAGCAUUCGCUGCUUUGUAAGUGAAGGCACUACUGUUUUAAGGUUAAAUUCCACUUCUAGAAUUUACUUAGUUGAAAGUUUAUGUCCUAGGGUUUCAAUCCAUAAUGUUACAUGUUUCUGCCAUUUGAACUAAAUAAAGAUUCUACUCAUAACCACAAA